GGUCACCGUACGAUACCCUGUCAGAGGCGGUCUUUUCAACGAGACCGUUGGUGGUGAUGAUAUGCUUGCUCAGGCUAUGCCUGAGUAUGACCGUCAAUAUCUCGGCCGACAAGGCCAGCAUGUUCGGCUGUACGACGGAGGGAUGGACUGUGUCGUUCAGGGUGCCCUGAUGCUGCGGGAGCAGCACUGGAGACAGGAGGCCGAGAUUGAGCGGCUCAAGAAAGUGGAGGCUAAGGCUGCUUCAGCCGAUGAGGCCCUCCAAGAUCUCAAGGACAAGGCCAAGGCUGCGGAGGAUGAG